AUGACUUCUGAAUCCGCUGUUGAUCGUGUUGUUCUUCUACCUGUCGACAACAGUACUCACUGCGAACGAGCGUUCAAGUGGUACAUCAAGAGGUCGACGAGGCCGGGUGACCAACUUGUUCUGCUUCACGUCGUCCAACCACAAUACGUUACUCCACAAGACACCUUUGCCUUGGAGCAUGCUGCAGAUGACUUUGCUUCCUCCAUGAAUGAGGGAAUAAAAGUUGGAAAGCAGGUGCUCAAACGAUACGCUCAAAUGUGCAAGGAUCUAGGCUAUCCUUUCCUUACAUCGCUGAAAGUUGACUCGUCAUUGGGCAAUGCUGUGAUCAAGGCCGCAGAGGAAUAUAGAGCGAGUCUCAUUGUCAUUGCUUCAAGAGGACAGGGAAAAGCCCGCAGAACUAUCCUGGGAAGCGUCAGUCACUAUGUCAUUCUCCAAUCGGGUGUGCCAGUCCUCGUUGUACCUGCAGCUAAAAGAAGCUCUGCCUCAUUUGUUUCAGAAGUAGAAAGCCUCGAAAAUGAAUAA